CCGAGCCCCAUCGCGCCCCUCGCCGCCGGGGCGAACUCCAGCCCGCCCCCGCGCCAGCACGGCCCCGGCCCACUUCUCGGCCAGCGCACACGCCGCGACCGGCCCCCAGCGCUCCGCGCAGCCCCCCCGCGGGCAGACACCGGCCUGUUGCGCCCCGCCGCGGCACCUGGGCCGGGGGGGCCCCGGGGGGCAGCGGCCCGGCGGCGCGGCCCGGCGCUGCCCCGCGCGCUGGGGGAGGGGGAGCGGAGGGGACGGGCGGCGCCGGGAUGCGCGAGGGCCAGAGCCCCCCCGUAUGUAAAUGAGGGAGGCCGCGCCGGCAGGGUACCGGCGGCCCCGCGCGCCGCGGCGCUGUUGGCUGCGCGCGGCGCCGCGAGGAGCGCGCGGGAGCCGCGAGACCGGGGCCGCCGCCGCCCGCCGGAGCGCCGCCCGCGGCGGCCGCCGCCACGUGCCGCCCGCAGCAUGGAGCUGGAGGAGCUGGGCAUCCGGGAGGAGUGCGGCGUGUUCGGCUGCAUCGCCUCCGGCGUGUGGCCCACGGAGCUGGACGUGCCCCAUGUGAUCACGCUGGGGCUGGUGGGGCUGCAGCACAGGGGCCAGGAGAGUGCUGGAAUUGUGACAAGUGAUGGAGAGUCAUCCCAGGCAUUCAAAGUGCACAAGGGAAUGGGUCUUAUUAAUCACGUGUUCAAUGCAGACAGCCUGAAGAAGCUGUAUGUUUCAAACCUUGGGAUUGGACACACAAGGUACUCCACCUCAGGAAUUUCUGAGCUGCAGAACUGCCAGCCUUUUGUUGUAGAAACUCUUCACGGAAAGAUCGCUGUGGCACACAAUGGUGAACUAACAAAUGCUGUACGACUUAGAAGAAAGCUUAUGCGGCAUGGUGUAGGACUAUCAACCAGUUCUGACAGUGAAUUGAUCACCCAGCUGCUGGCUUUCACACCUCCUCUAGAAAAUGACGAUACCGCGGAUUGGGUAGCAAGAAUAAAAAAUUUGAUGAAUGAAACUCCAACUUCAUAUUCAUUGCUAAUUAUGCAUAAAGACAUAAUCUAUGCGGUACGUGAUCCGUACGGGAAUCGUCCACUCUGCAUUGGUCGCCUUAUUCCAGUAGGGGACAUGAACGGAAAAGGAAAAGAUAACAGUGAAACAGAAGGCUGGGUAGUCUCCUCUGAAUCCUGUAGCUUUUUAUCUAUCGGUGCAGAGUACUAUCGUGAGGUCCUUCCUGGUGAGAUUGUGAAAAUAUCCAGAUAUGAGGUCCAAACACUGGAUGUUGUACCAAGACCUGAAGGAGAUCCAUCAGCAUUCUGCAUCUUUGAAUAUGUUUAUUUUGCAAGACCAGACAGUAUCUUUGAAGGUCAGAUGGUGUAUUCAGUCAGGAGAAGAUGUGGUCAACAACUUGCUAUUGAAGCACCUGUGGAAGCAGACCUAGUCAGCACUGUUCCAGAGUCUGCAACGCCAGCAGCUCUUGGUUAUGCUCAAAAGUGCGGACUACCAUAUGUUGAAGUACUCUGUAAAAAUCGAUAUGUAGGAAGAACUUUUAUCCAGCCAAAUAUGAGGUUAAGGCAGCUUGGUGUUGCAAAAAAGUUUGGAGUUCUGUCUGACAAUUUUAAAGGCAAGCGAGUUGUUAUCAUUGAUGAUUCAAUUGUGAGAGGCAAUACCAUUUCACCCAUAAUAAAGCUACUAAGGGAAUCUGGAGCUAAAGAGGUGCAUAUCCGUGUGGCUUCACCUCCCAUAAGAUUUCCUUGUUACAUGGGAAUAAACAUUCCAACAAAAGAAGAACUCAUUGCCAACAGACCUGAAUUUCAUGACCUUGCAAACUAUAUAGGAGCAGACAGUGUUGUUUAUCUUUCUGUGGAAGGGCUGGUAUCAUCUGUGCAAGAAAGCAUCAAAGCAAGGCAAGAGAGCGAGAACAGCCUUAAAAACCUGAAGUCACGUGCUGGAAAGAUUGGUCAUUGCACAGCAUGUCUUACUGGAGAGUAUCCUGUAGAGCUAGAAUGGUGAAUUUUUAGUGGAUGAACAUCAGUUCAUCUGCUGCUGAACAUAAAUUUUUCAAAGAUGCCUUUUUGCUAUAAGUCCUCCUCCAUUUAAGGUAGUACUUAAAGCUUAUUACGUCUAACUAAUUACUGUUACUAAAAUAUGUCUUUACAGACUUACAGGAAGUGUGUGGUGAUGAAAACUAUAUAAGCAGAUAAAAAUUCAAAAUCGUAGUUUUUGAUGCACAGUUGUGCCUUCUAUUUUCUCAAAAAAUAAUUAAAAAGCCAAAGUGUUUUUAAUUAUGUAGGUGUCCCAGAGUUUUUUGUUUCAGUCUUGCCCUGAAAGUAAGAUACCUCUGUUAGGCUUGUUCACAAAUACAAACCAUGGAUCAUGUGGUAUAAUUUCAAAAUAUCAGUCUUAAUGCAAAAGUAUGUGAAGUAUGUUUUUCUCUUUAGGAAAAAAAGAUGAGAUUGUGAAGUCAAAUUGCUUUCUUAGCAGUUCUUGCAUAGUUUAAGACUAGAAGUACCUAACUUUUGCAUAUGUAGCUAAAUAUUCUUUAUUAACAAGCCUUUUGUAAUUAAUGAGUGUCCAGAUUCUAUGAACAUGAUGUGUAGCAUAUGACUUUAAAAACUGAAGACUCAGGGAAAUGCUCAGCCAAAAGCUCUCUAGUUUUAUGUCUUCAAAAUUCUUUUUUUGAAGUCCACUGUAAUUGCAUUAUCUUUAGGUGCUUUUACUAAUUGCCAGUAGAAUGUGGAAGGAGAAAAAUACCUGGCACUGCCAGUGAUUUUAUAUUUUUUGUCACAUCAUGUUUUCUCCAGGAUAAAUCCCCCAAAUUUCUGAAGUCUGAGCUAAUGCUCAGUGUAUACUUUUUUAUAUGUCAACCUUCAAUGUAAAAUCAAAAAUAAAAUUACCUUUCUUAACAGUAAGUAUGAUGAUAUAGCAGCUACAGGAUAUGAGUUAUGUUUUGUGUAUGCUCUUAUUUUGCUACAGUACUGCUGUCACAUAAUAAAUACAAUGUUUAAAAAAGUUUUGAAGAACCAUUAGGUGUUGAAUGCGUUCUAUUUUUUAAUUGGUCACAAUCACACAGUUACUUGUACACAUGAAGAUCACUUGCACAAUGAACCAUUAGCUUAAAUGAAAAAGCACCUUUUUAAAAACUUGCAAUUUACACAGCAAGAUUUUUUUAUGCAGAAGACAUGCAAAAUUGUAAAAAUAUUUUGUAUACCUCAGUUUUUUCACUAAAUACCAGCAACUUAAUUUUAGAUUUUCUAUUUAAUAUUCUUUAUUUUGGCCUUGCAGUUGUUUGUGAUUCUGUUACAGAAAAGAAAAAAACAGAAAAAUAAAAGUUUAAGAGAUUUAGUUGAGAAUUACAGCCUGGUCAUUAAGGUUGAAAGAGUGCUUUCUUUCUGGGAUUUGCAGCAACGGUGGUUGAUGCACGAUCACAAAACAGAAGUCCCAGUUCAAGAAAGGAUGUAAAUAAAUUUUACUGAAGUCAAGACUUAAGCUUCAUGCAGGUUCGCUGUGGAAUCAAAACCUACCUGCAGUUAAGCUGACAGAAGAAUCUAGAUUUUAAUAAGAAUCAGGUUGUUUACUGUGUUCCUCACCAAAGCCCAGAUCUCCAUAUGGGGAGAUGUAUGUGGAUCUUCUCUGUCCAACUAGUAAGUUUGUUUGUUUGACAGAACCCUAACAGUUCAUUCUGAAAAUAAAGUGAGCAAAAGAGAAUUGGGUGGAGUUACUCUGACUGUCCCCUCUCCCACAUUAAUCAGGAAGGAGUUUAAGAAAACAGAAAAACCUUUAUUAAUGUUUUUCCCCUUUUGUGUUUCCCACCCGCCAAAAGCAAACCUUUCAAAAGUAGGGAUAAGUCAAGCGCUUGUGGUUACAUAUAUGUGUGAGGAGCCUUUAUUACUCAAGAUAAAAACUCACAUGCAUGUUUUACCCAAGGUUACAAGCAGAAUUCUCCCAAAUUUUCUACAGAAGAGUGUGCAAAUGAAACUUGGGCAAAUACUCCUUGAUAUGUUAUUAACAAAAUUGUUAUUUUAAAGUGAGGUAAUGUUUAAAUUUGAUUCAAGCAUUAGCUUGUACAAUUCUGAUUUCAGUAAGAAAAUUUCUAAUGCCUUUUUUCCUCCCUAUUAUGCAUGUGAAAUUAGAAAAAAAAGCCUGUUAGUGUAAACACUGUAAUUUUUAAACACACUACAUGCCUAAUUUUUAGUAUACUGUUUUUUAAAGCCUUAAGUUAGAGGGGAGAUACUUUUCAAAGGUCACUUUAUUCACUGACAACUGGAUUUAUCCUUCAGCUUAUCAGGCCCCUUUUAAUUUUUCUUACACAAGAAACCACUAGGUGAAAUGGAAAAGCACCUUUUGAAAACUUGCAAACUUACACAGCAUACCUUUUUUUUUUUUUUUUUUCCAGCAGACUUACAGCAAACUAUACACAUGCAGUAUUUUGAGGGGGAAAAUCGCUCUGGCUUUAGGUGUCACUAUUUGUGUUAUUUUAAUGAAAAUGUUUUACUGUGAAACAAUUUCUGCUGUUACCACUACACAACUGUGCUAAAUUAUUUAAAAAGUGUGACAACAGAAUGCUAACACCUAACUUCUCCCAUGUGUAAUAUUAAAAAUGGUUAUGAACUGAUUUUCUCGCAAUUAUACCAUCUUUUCACUGCAUCUGCCGGCAGUAUGUGUCUGAGGUUUCUUGAAUAAAGUAAUCUUCACAGAG